AUGUUCUCCCUCCACAAAUGCCUCCUCCUCGCCCUGCCCCUCGUGGCAUUGGUGCUCGCUCAAGCCAGUCCUGAAGCCAUCCCCGAGCCCAGCGAAACACAAGCCGUGAAUGUCGACCUGAACAAGAUCUUCCAGGAGCUUCUCAAUGCUCUUCCCGAAGAGUCUCUACACGCCGCCCUGCAUAACCACCACCCCAAGUUCAAGGACGGCGUCUGGGAACAUGACAGGACUGCCGUUGAGAGAGUUCACAGCGAGAACCCAUCCCUGGCAACCCGCCUUAUAUCUGCAGCAAAGUUCGACCUCAUGAAGCGACAGGCUGCGAACUCCACCGCACCACCCGCCGCCUCCACCCCAGCUCCCGUAGCGCCAACUUCCACUGCCCCUCCUGCAGUCGUCAUCCCCGUCUCCAUCACGACCACCGAUGCAGCCGGCAAUACCAUCGUGGAGAGCACCUCCGUCCUCUCCGCACCGACCGUCAGCAUCCCUGUGGCCAUCACAACUACCGACGCCGCCGGCAAGACCAUCGUUGCUACCACCAACGCCCCUGGCGUCGUCUUGACAAAGACCGACGCCGCCGGCUCCAAGUUCGUCACCACUUCUGCCGUCGGCUUUGCACACACUGUCGGCCAGGUCCUCACCGAGACCAACUCCAAGGGCAGCACAUUCGUGACCACCUACACUCCUGACGGCGGACUAGUCAGCUCCAUCGUGCUGAUUACCACGACGGGAAAGAACGGGCAGCCGGUCACGCUGACGAGCUAUGCGUUUGUGGGUGCCGCAGCUACAAGCACGAAGACCGUUGGCGCGGGCGAGCAAACUGGGACGAACACCGGAAAACCGGGACUGCAGACUGGUGCUGCUGGUGUUCUCUCCAGACAAUGGGGAGUCGAGGCAGCAGCAGUAAUCGGGGGUGCGGUUGGGAUGGCGUGGAUGAUAUGA